AUGGCAACACAUACCGCAGCUUGGAUCAAGCACAAGCACGCUCCUUUGGAGAUUGGCCCUAUUGAAACUCCGACUCCGGGGCCUGGGGAGAUUCUUGUCAAAGUCCGAUUUAUUGCUUUCAGUCCAAUUGAAUCCAAGCAACAGAAGAUUGAAGUUCAUCCUUUGACCUACCCCAAUAUCCUCGGUCUCUCAUUCUCUGGCGUUGUUGAGAGCGUCGGCCCUAGUGUUGAGAAAUUCUCCAAGGGCGACAACGUAGCUGUUGCUCGCCCCCACGGCAAAGCGAAUGAUCCAAGAUUUGGGUCUUUCCAGCAAUAUGCGCUUGCAUGUGCCGAGAAUACGUCCAAGCUGCCAUCCAGCGAGUUCUUAGAGUCGGGAGCCAAGGUUGUUCUCAAUCUCGCUACCGUCACAGCAGCAUGCUCUCACUUUCUUGGCCUAGAACGACCUGGUCUUGAUAAAUCCAAGUCUCAGAGGGGUGAAAGAAUCCUUGUAUAUGGAGGUUCAAGCUCUUGUGGUGGCCUUGCCAUACGAUAUGCGGCAGCUGCUGGUUAUGAAGUUGUCACCACUUCUUCACCUAAAAACCGUGAAUAUGUCACUUCCUUGGGUCCGGUUGCGGUGAUCGAUCACACCAGCCCUCCCGGCAAGAUCAUCCAGGACCUGCAAAGUCACGGCCCCUAUCAUCGCAUUUUGGACACCAUCGGUAUUCCGCCAGUUACCAACAUUAUUACCAAGUAUCUCAGCAGCGCCGGCGGAGGAUCUUACAACACUCUUAUUCCCGUUUUCCCAGGCACAAACCCAAUCCCAGAGAAUGUGGAACGCAGAUUCGAGUCAUACGGAUGGAUCUUCAAUAACCCAGAGCAUGAAGAGUUCAGGAAGUGGUACUAUGAAACGUUAGUACCCCAGGGACUUGAGUCUGGAGUCAUUGUGUCCACUCCGUCGCAACGGGUCGAUGGAGGGCUUGCCAACACUCAACAUGCACUGGAUAUCAUGGACCGAGGGGAAGUGAGCGGGCAUAAGCUUGUCCUGAACCCAUGGGACUAG